GCCGGACUAAUCUUCUAGGUGAGAAUAUACAGAAAAUGAGAAGUGGUGAACGUGAGUAGGUACCAGCAGAUAGUGUCACGUGCGCUUCUGGAUCACUAGCGUCCUUUUCGCGAACGGCGCGCCUUUGCUUGAAGCUUCCACUUUCAAGACUUCAACACAACGCUCUCGACUCUCACGUCACGAUCCCUUGAGUACACCGAAACUGAAAUCAGCCACCCAUAUAACAAUUAGAGUCCACGCGUGGUCAAUAUGGCGUCACCGCCGCCACCACAAAUCAUCGUUCCCAACCCUCGCAAACGCGGCUCCAUAUCGAGCGUCUCGUCACAAGCAAAGAAACGCAAACCCUCAAACCUCCGCAACUCGUUCGACCCAGAUAAUGAAUCUGCCAUAGCAUCACCGAUGCGCCAUAGCCGAUCACCGUCAGUCGGCAGCGUGGACACGGCCUCACUCGUGAAUGGAGCAGGCGGCGGCAGAAAGAGGAAGCGCAAGGGCGAUGACGGCGCCAGCAUCGCCGGUAGCUCAGUCCGCGGCGGCGCGCGCCCAGAAGACCCCUCGGUGAACGGAGCCGCGGGCGCCGAAGAAGAAGAGGACGACGACUACGGCGAGGACGAAGAUGAGGGCACGAAGCUGGAAGGCGAGCGCCCCUCCGAAGCCGCUAAACAACAAGCCGCGCACAACGAGCGCAUGCUCGUGCUGGCUAUGGACGACUCGCAGCAGAACGCCUACUCCGUGUACCGUCGCGUCAAGCUCAAGACCUCGAUGGUGCGCAAGUUGGUCAACCAGACACUGUCGCAGUCCGUCCCUCCGAACGUCAUUAUCGCCGUGACGUCGUACAGCAAGGCGUUCGUCGGCGAGCUGAUCGACCGCGCGCUCAUCGUGCGCGACGAGUGGGCUGCUGCGCGCACGCACCUGCCGAAUCCGAAUCUCCCUCCCGCUGUCCUGCAGCAAGGUCUUCAAGAGCCUUUUGGUCAUCGGCCGGCUAGUAAACCGUCGAACCAGCACAUCCAGAACGCCGGCCUGUAUCUCGACCAGGUCAACCGUGAAGAAGGGUUCUGGAAGGAGAUACCGCGGGAUGCGAGUCUGAAGGAUCGAUUGAAGGAAGAGGAUAAGGGUCCGUUGACGCCAGCGCACUUGAGAGAGGCGUUGAGGCGGUAUAAGAGGGAUCGGGAAGGUGGAGGUGCUGGGUUCGCGGGGUUGAGUCUGGAGGGCCCAGAGAGGACGUUGGCCAGGACUGGUGGUCGGAGGUUGUUCCGUUGACGGUGUUCACAACUGCUCUUGGUGGACUGGGACAAGAGCAUCUGCUCCAGAAUCUCCUGUGGCUUACACAUCUUAUCGAGCGUCACUACAACGGUGUCGCUGCUUGCAUGUUCCAACGUCUUGCGGCACCUCUCCGCCGCUGCACCGGAAUUCCUCUCUUCAAAGCGUGGCGUUCGAAGCUACUUUCACAGCCGUGAAAAUCGAACGCUACGGUAGAAUGAGCGACAUCCUACAACCGAAGCUGGAAUGGGAUGCCUACGCAUUAGCUUUACUCCGAUUUCUGUAUGUUCCCAAAAGCUUGAGAUGUGUCUCUCUCCAGUCAACGGUGGCGGCGAUGCUCAGCAUGGCGUUCAGGUUUACUGUUUAUUAGAUACCCAAUACAUUAUUGAAUCGUUCAGGC